GGGGGUGUGAGCCUAGAGGGGGAAAGUGAAAGGCGGAGGACUGAAGGGGCCACCCCCUUCGGGACCCCGGCCGCCCUGUUCACCCUCGUUCAUCCUCCCUUCCCGAAGCUCGCCCUCGAAGGCAGGAACGACCGGCGCCGGUGCCUUCGGCGGCGGAGGAGGAGGAGGAACCGCGCCCGGCAGAGCAGCAGUCCCGUCUUCCUCGCCGGUUCGUGAAUACAAAGGUUACGGUGCAGAAGGAAAUUACACCCGGCUCCUCCGCGCCCGCGCCCGGUAGCCAACACAAUGCACCAGCCGCCCGAGUCGGCCGCCGCGGCCGCCGCCGCUGCAGACAGUAGUGCGAGGAAGAUGGCGCACCCGGCAAUGUUCCCUCGAAGGGGCAGCGGCAGCGCCUCUGCUCUCAAUGCAGCAGGUACCGGCGUUGGGAGUAAUGCCACAUCUUCCGAGGAUUUUCCGCCUUCUCCGCUCCAGCCGCCGCCUCCUGCAGCAUCGUCCACGACGUCGUCGGGACCACAGCCUCCGCCUCCACAAAGCCUGAACCUCCUUUCGCAGGCUCAGCUGCAGGCACAGCCUCUUGCGCCAGGCGGAACGCAAAUGAAAAAGAAAAGUGGCUUUCAGAUAACUAGCGUUACUCCGGCCCAGAUCUCAGCCAGCAUCAGCUCCAACAACAGUAUAGCUGAGGACACUGAGAGCUAUGAUGAUCUGGACGAGUCGCACACGGAAGACUUGUCUUCUUCCGAGAUCCUGGACGUGUCCCUUUCUAGGGCUACUGACUUGGGGGAACCGGAACGCAGCUCCUCAGAAGAGACUCUAAAUAACUUCCAGGAAGCCGAGACACCGGGGGCGGUCUCUCCCAAUCAGCCUCACCUUCCGCAGCAGCCUCACCUGCCUCACCUGCCACCACAGAAUGUUGUGAUCAAUGGGAAUGCCCAUCCACACCACCUCCAUCACCACCACCACGUUCAUCAUGGACACCACCUUCACCAUGGGCAUCACCUUCCAUCCCAUGCUGGCCUGGUCAGUUCCUCCAUUCCCGGAGGACCACCCUCAAGCCCAGUAUCCAGAAAACUCUCGACGACUGGAAGCUCUGACGGUGUAAUUCCAGCUGCACCCACUUCUGCUGUAUCAUCCGGCGGCUCCCCUGCAUCUGUCAUGACUAAUAUCCGCACUCUGAGUACUGCUGGCGGUCUAGGUAUGAGUUCUGCUACUGGCUCUAACACAACGAGUAACGUUAACGUUGCCACCGCGGUGGGUAGCAUUAAUCCGAAUGUGACAAGCAGCAUGCUUGGUAACGCUAACGUGAGUACAAGCAAUAUUCCUAAUGCUGCUAGUGUGAGUGUCGGGCCAGGAGUGAGCAGCGGUGUUAAUGUGAAUAUCUUGAGUGGCAUGGGCAAUGGCACUAUUGCUUCCUCUGCUGUUGUUAACAGCGGCCCCACCGCGGCUGCGGGGGUGACUGUGGGAUCUGUUUCAGCUCCGCAACAACCAGCAGUUAACACAUCUCGGUUCAGAGUUGUGAAGUUAGAUACCAGCUCUGAACCCUUUAAGAAAGGCAGAUGGACUUGCACCGAGUUCUAUGAAAAAGAAACUGUUGUGCCUGCCUCGGAAGGCGUGGUGGUAAAUAAAGUGGUGGAGACUGUAAAACAAAACCCUGUGGAAGUGACUUCUGAGAGGGAGAGCACCAGUGGGAGUUCAGUGAGCAGCAGUGUCAGCAUACUGAGUCACUACACAGAGAGUGUGGGAAGUGGAGAGAUGGGGGCCCCCACAGUGGUGGUGGUACAGCAACAGCAACAAGCACCACCCUCUCUUCAAGGUAUGGCCCCUCCACAGAUGGAUUUUAGUAGCUCUGGUCCACAGAGUAUUUCAGUAGCUAGUAUGCCACAGAGUGUUUCCCAGUCACAGAUCUCACAAGUACAAUUACAGCCUCAAGAACUGAGCUAUCAACAGAAGCAAGGUCUUCAGCCAGUACCUCUGCAAGCCACUCUCAAAGCUGCCACUGGGAUACAGCCAGCGCCGGUUAAUGUGGUUGGUGUAACUUCAGCUUUAGGUCAGCAGCCUUCCAUUCCUAGUUUGGCUCAACCCCAACUGCCCUAUUCUCAGCCGGCUGCUCCAGUGCAAACUCCCCUUCCAGGGGCACCACCCCAACAGUUACAAUACGGACAGCAGCCACCGACUGUUUCUUCACAGAUGGCCCCGGGCCAUGGUAAAUCAGUGACUCAAAAUCCUCCUGAGUACGUGCAGCAGCCGCUGCCGAUUCUUCAGACAGCAGUGCCCUCCGGACAGCCCGCUUCUGUAGGAGUGGGAGCAGGAGCAACAGUGAUUCCUGUGGCUCAGCCACAGGGCAUCCCGCUGCCAGUACAGUCCACAGUAGUCCAAGCACAACCUGCAGGGGUGUCUGGCCAGCCCAUGGGCCAGGCUCAAACAGCAGUGUCUGCUGUACCUAUGAGUGGUCAGAUUGUAAAUAUCGGGCAGCAAGCAAGCAUACCUACUGCAGUGCAGCAGCCCUCUCCUCAAGUCACACCUUCAGUUAUUCCGCAAGGUGCUCCUCCAUCUUCACAAGUAGUUCCACCUGCUCAAACCGGGAUCAUUCAUCAGGGAGUUCAAACUAGUGCUUCGAGCCUUCCUCAACAAUUGGUCAUUGCACCCCAAAGUACCUUGUUAACUGUGCCUCCUCAGCCACAAGGAGUAGACCCAGUAGCCCAAGGCGUUGUCUCUCAGCAGUUGCCCGCAGUUAGUCCUGUGCCCUCUGCUAGUAGUAUUUCUGUUACAAAUCAGGUUAGCGCAACUGUUCCUCCUGCAAUGCCUUCUGCCCCAACAAACUUGGUUCCACUACAGAAUACAGCACAACCCCCUGCCACCCAAAAUGGUAAUUUGGUUCCGAGUGUUAGCCAACCUCCCUUGAUAGAAAAUUUGCCCUUGGCACAACAGAUCCCACUGAGUUCUGCUCAGUUCUCUGCACAAUCAUUAGCUCAGGCAAUUGGAAGCCAAAUUGAAGAUGCCAGGCGCCCAGUGGAACCCUCCUUAGUUGGCUUACCUCAGACUCUCAGUGGUGACAGUGGGGGCAUGUCAGCAGUUUCAGAUGGGAGUAGCAGCAGCCUAGCAGCCUCUGCUUCUCUUUUCCCGUUGAAGGUGCUACCGCUGACGACACCCCUGGUGGAUGGCGAGGAUGAGAGCUCCUCUGGUGCAAGUGUGGUAGCUAUUGACAACAAAAUCGAGCAAGCAAUGGAUCUGGUAAAAAGCCAUUUGAUGUAUGCGGUUAGAGAGGAAGUGGAGGUCCUCAAGGAGCAAAUCAAGGAACUCAUAGAGAAAAAUUCCCAGCUGGAGCAGGAGAAUAAUCUGCUGAAGACGCUAGCCAGUCCUGAGCAGCUCGCCCAGUUUCAGGCCCAGCUGCAGACUGGCUCGCCCCCUGCCACCUCGCAGCCACAGGGGAGCACACAGCCCCCUGCCCAGCCCGCGUCCCAGGGCUCCGGCCCCACCGCGUAGCCGCCUGUGCCCUCGCAGAACUGGCGGGUGCGCCAUCUGAACUGAACAGACCCGACCCGACCCGACGGGAGAAGAUGUCCUAGCGGGAAUCCGCUUCCACAGUCACCCAUUUCAUCGCCCGCUGCAAAAGAGACGUGAGACGAACAGAUGUUGUACUCUCUCUCUCUUUUUUUUUUUUGACUCACCCCCACCCCCAGUAUUAAACACUCAUAUACUUAAGGUUUGAAGCAAGUUCUUAGUUGAGUGACUUAAAGGUUCAUUAGAGAAUUCAUUCGCACGGAUAUACUGGGACCUUGUGCAGCUUGGCAAAUACCUGUGAAAUGGUUGGAUUCAUGCUGAGGAGCAGUGUGCCUUUCCAUCCCUGCCCCCGCUCCCCACCCUGACUUCAAGAGUUCGAUCCUGCUUGCAAGUAGUUUGAUCCAUGGGUUAUGAAGCAGGGGCGUUCCUUGGUGGACUGCCCUCCCCGCGAAGUCCCCGAUGAGGAACUGGAAAGGGGGCGCUGAAGACUCACAAGUCUCACCUCUGCUGAGAGUAAGCAUAGUUCAUGUCUAAACUGACAGGCUGUCAUCAAAAUCCACCACCGAGUUUCGUGCUGUGCCUCUUUCUGAAACACUGAACAACGCAAAACUGUGCUGAAACGGUGACAGGUAGCUGGGCCCGAGGCUAUCUACCAUGAAGGUUGUUUUGCUUAUUGUAUAUUUGUGUAUGUAGUAUAACUUUUGUACAAUAGAGGACUGUAACUACUAUUUAGAUUGUACAGGUAGAAAUGUCAUUGUUUCAUUGGCUGUCUGAAGAGGUGUGGAUUGUCUUUUCUAUCUAGAUCUACAUAUAAAAUGCUCCAUGGAGGAAAAACACACCUAGAAAAACGGAAAGAUUUGGCACAGUUAGUCUCUUUGUGUAACCUGAAAUCUAGCUGCUGAAGUAAAUCCCUGUUCACUGACGUCUUUUGAUUGAGCUGGUUGAAUACUUUGAAAAACUGAUCUGUUGUAGCUAAAGAAAUAAAUUCCCAGUAGGGGUUUCUUGCAUAUUACCUGUAUAGUAGUUAUAUGCAUAUGCUUCUGUGCAUGUUCUCCAAACACUUGUAAGGUGUCACUGUAUUUAACUGUUGCACUUGUCAACUUUCAAUAAAGCAUAUAAAAUGUUGAUAAACAA